CGCACACUCACACACACACAAACAAACAUGGCGGCCGGGCAGACGCGUAAGAUGCUUGGUCUGGGCUGUUGCGCCGUGUUUGUGUUAUUUUGCUCGAUUCCCGGCUCGGUUCGCUGCACACUGCGGCUUCACCCGGAUCAGAGGUUCUUGCUGGAGCAGGACCGAGGCUUUUCCGUCAUCAGUGUGGAUGAACAGACGGGGGAAAUCCAGGAGCGAGGAGCGGAGGAGAGUCUGAACCAGCAUCGACACCGUGCGCGGAGGAGCGCCGCCGAAACUGCAGCCUUACCCAGAGUCUACGGACAGGCUAACCUGAAUGACUCUCAUAACCAGAUGGUCGUGCACUGGGCUGGAGAGAAGAGCAACGUCAUCGUGGCCUUGGCAAGAGACAGCGUCGGAGCCGCAGACCCAAAGAGCAGCUCGGUUUAUGCAUCUUAUGAUUACGGGACCACCUUCAACCACAUAUCGGACAGGUUUACGCUGCCCAGCGGGAAGGAGAACAGCAAGCAGGUGAUCUCACAGUUCUACCACAGCCCCGUCGACAACAAACGGUACAUAUUUGCCGACACCAGAAACGAUUAUCUGUGGAACACCUUCGACUUCUGCAAGAGUGUCCAAGGAUUCUCGGUCCCCUUCAAGCCCACGGACCUGCUGCUGAACAGCAAGAGACCAAACCUGGUCCUGGGUUACGACAGCUCUCAUCCCAAUAAGCAGCUGUGGAAGUCAGAUGACUUUGGGGAGACGUGGGUGCUGAUUCAGGAGCACGUCAAGUCCUACUUCUGGGGUGUGGAACCAUACGACAAUGCCACCACAGUGCUGGUCCAAAGGCAUGAGCCCCAGGGCGUGUCCAGUGUUCUCAGCAGUACUGACUUUUUCCAGAGUGAGGAAAACCGACAGGUCAUCCUGGAGAGAGUGGACAGCUUCCAGCUCCGAGACAAGUACAUGUUUGCCACAACAACCAGGCCGCUGCUGGGAGGCCACGAGUCGCAGUCCGUACAGCUGUGGGUCUCCUACAACCGACAGCCCAUGAAAGCUGCCCUGUUUAACACCCGCCAUCCCAUCACUGAGUAUUAUAUAGCCGACGCCUCAGAGGAUCAGGUGUUCGUCUGCGUCAACCACAAUAACAACGUCACACACCUGUACAUCUCAGAUACACAGGGGCUGGCGUUUUCUCUCUCUCUGGAGAACAUGCUGUACUACAGUCCUGAGGGUUCAGGGAGCAACACCCUCAUCAGGUAUUUUGCCAACGAGCCGUUUGCAGACCUGCACCGUGUUGAGGGCCUGCGAGGUGUGUUUGUCGCCACGCUCAUCAAUGGCUCCCUGAGUGAAGACAACAUGCGCUCCGUGAUCACCUUCGAUAAAGGAGGCACCUGGGAACUGCUCCAGCCACCUACAGCCGACAGCCUGGGGGGCUCCAUCGACUGCCAGCUUUCUAAAGGUUGCUCUCUGCACUUGGCACAGCGUUGGAGUCAGCUGUUAAAUAUCCAGCUACGCAGGAUGCCCAUUCUGUCCAAAGAGUCUGCACCCGGUCUCAUCAUGGCAACAGGGUCUGUGGGAAAGAACCUGGCCAAUAAGCCCAAUGUGUACGUGUCUAGCAGUGCUGGGGCUCGGUGGAAAGAGGCUCUGGCCGGUCCUCACUUCUACACCUGGGGUGACCACGGAGGCAUCCUGAUGGCCAUUUCUCAAGGCGGCUCCACCAGGACACUUAAGUACAGCACCAACGAGGGCGAGACAUGGAGUGAGUUCCAGUUCUCGAAGGAGGACGUGUAUGUGUACCAGCUGCUGACCGAGCCGGGUGAAAAGAGCACCGUCUUCACCAUCUUCGGCUCCUACGCUGACCAGAAGCACAGCUGGCUCAUCCUGCAAGUCAAUGUCAGCGAUGUGCUGGGGGUGCCAUGCACGGAGGGAGAUUAUAAACCUUGGUCUCCGUCUGAUGAGAGAGGGAACGCCUGCGUACUGGGCCACCAGCUGAUGUUCAAGCGCAGAUCGCCCCACGCCACCUGCUUCAACGGCGAGGACUUUGACCGGCCCAUCAGCCUAUCGACCUGCUCCUGCACACGCCAGGACUAUGAGUGUGAUUAUGGCUUCAAGCUGAGUGAGGAUCUUUCUCUCCAAGUCUGUGUGCCAGAUCCAGAGUUUUCAGGCAACUUAAACGCCCCUCCUGUGCCCUGCCCAGCGGGCACGACCUAUCGUCGCAGCAAAGGGUAUAGAAAGGUGCCGGGGGACAGCUGCAGCGGUGGAGACGUGGAGGCCAGGCUUGAGGGAGAGAUGCUCCCUUGUCCUGUCGAAGAGAGUAACGAGUUCAUCCUGUAUGCUGUGAGGAACUCCAUCCACCGCUACGACCUGGCCACGGGUGAAGAUCAGCCCCUGCCCCUCUCAGGCCUCCGUGAGGCCAUAGCGCUGGACUUCGACUAUGAGAUGAACUGUCUUUACUGGGCUGAUAUUUCACUGGACACCAUUCAGAGACUGUGUUUGAACGGAAGCUCUGGACAGGAGGUGAUCGUGAGGAAAGGACUGCAGAAUGUGGAGGCGCUGACCUUCGAUCCAGUCAGCCGGCUGCUCUACUGGGUGGACGCCGGAGCUCAGAAGAUCGAGGUUUCAAACCCUGAUGGGGAUCUGAGGAGCACUCUGGUGAACUCUUCUGUUUUGGAGCAUCCUCGAGCCCUGACCCUCUUGUCUGGAGAAAGCCUGAUGUUCUGGACGGACUGGGGGGACCGAGCAGCUGGUGUGUACCGUAGCUGGAUGGACGGUUCCAGUGUGUCCCGCAUCGUGUCAGAGGGCGUACGCUGGCCCAAUGGUAUCACGGCAGACGAGCACUGGCUCUACUGGACCGAAGCGUUUGGAGACCGCAUUGAGAGGGUCGACUUCAAUGGCGGACAGCGGACUGUGCUCAUGGAGGGCCUGCCUCAUCCAUACGCCAUAGCUGUGUUCAAGAAUGACCUUUACUGGGAUGACUGGUCAAGGAAGGGCAUUUUUAGAGCAUCUAAAACAGGCUCGUCAGACAAUGAGCUGUUAGUGGGUAGGCUGACCGGAGUCAUGGACCUUAAGAUUUUCUACAAGGGUAAAACCAAAGGUCACAACGCGUGUGUGGACCAGCCGUGUACCUUGCUGUGCCUGCCCAAACCUGGCCACGCGCAUAGCUGUGUGUGUCCAGACGGCGUGGCCACUACCACACUGCCGUCAGGAGAACUGCAGUGCCAGUGUCCCUCUGGGUACCAGCUCCAGAACAACACGUGUGUGAAGACAGAACACACCUGCCUGCCCAACCAGUACCGCUGCUCUAACGGCAAGUGCAUCAGCAGCAUCUGGAAGUGCGACAGCGAUAACGACUGUGGAGACAUGAGCGAUGAGCAGGAGUGCCCCACGACGUCAUGCGACACGGCCGUGCAGUUCCGCUGCGUGGAUUCGGGCUCCUGCAUCCCUCGCGCCUUCAAGUGUGAUCACGAGGACGACUGUGGGGACAACAGCGACGAGGAAAACUGCGAGUCUCAUCAGUGCGGGCCGGGCGAGUUCACCUGUGCUCGAGGUGUGUGCAUUCGUGACUCCUGGCGCUGCGAUGGGGACAAUGACUGCAGAGACUGGUCUGAUGAAGCUAACUGCACUGCCGGCCGGCACACGUGUGAGAGCAGCAGUUUCCAGUGUCACACUGGUCACUGUAUUCCUCAGCGCUGGGUGUGUGACGGUGAUGACGACUGUCAGGACGGAUCUGAUGAAGAACCCAGUAACUGCGAGGGCGAUCGCUGUAACGGCUUUCUGUGUUCCAACGGCACCUGCCUGCCCGCCAGCGCCCACUGCAACGGUGUGGAGGAGUGUUCGGGUGGUGCGGACGAACAGCACUGUGACCCGCUGUGCACACGAUACAUGGAGUUUGUGUGCAAGAACAGAGCUCAGUGUCUCUUCCAGUCUCUGGUGUGUGAUGGUAUAAAACACUGCGCUGACGGCUCAGACGAAGACGCUGCUUAUGCCGGCUGUUCCACUCACCCUGAGUUUGAGAAGAAGUGCGAUGCCUACAACUUUCAGUGCUCCAACGGCGCGUGUGUGAGCCUCGACUGGAAGUGCGACGGCAUGGACGACUGUGGUGACUACUCAGACGAAGCCAACUGUGAUUCGCCCACCGAGGAGCCGGGCUGCUCGCGUUACUAUCAGUUCGAGUGUAAGAAUGGCCGCUGCGUGCCCACUUGGUGGAAGUGCGAUGGUGAGAAUGACUGUGGAGACUGGUCUGAUGAAGCGCAGUGCUCAGAUGGAAUUGUACCUCACACUCCUGCACCCCGCCCUGCCUCCUGCGCUCCUAACCGAUUCCACUGUGGCUCCGGAGCGUGUAUAGUGAACACCUGGGUGUGUGAUGGCUAUGCGGAUUGCCCUGACGGCAGUGAUGAAGUGGGCUGUCCCGCAGUCUCCAACAGUUCAGUGACUCAGACACCAGUGGUCACUGGUGCUCCUGACCCGGCUGGCCGCUGCGCCAGGGGACAGUUUCUGUGCCGGAAGCCCCCCACCUGCAUUCCAGAAUGGCAACGGUGCGACGGUCAAGCCCACUGCCAGGACAACUCGGACGAGUCCGGCUGUCCCACCCGUGGGCCUCUGGCUUGUGUUAACGGGACUCUGUGCGCCGACGGAGAGGCGUGUGUGAUAGACACCGAGAGGUGCGACGGCUUCCUAGACUGCUCAGAUCACAGUGACGAGGACAACUGCACCGCUGACUCGAUGGUUUAUAAGGUCCAGAACCUGCAGUGGGCAGCCGACUUCUCCGGUGCCAUCACACUCACCUGGUCCCGACCCAAAAACAUGCCCCUGUCUUCCUGCUCUUUUCUCAUCCAAUACAGGGUGGUAGGUGCUCAGCAGUGGACCACCAUGGACACACACAGCAACAAAGGCAGCUACACACUGAGCGUGCUACGGCCAGACACCACCUACCAGGUUAAAGUAGUGACUCAGUGCCUCAGCAAGCAGCACAAGACCAACGAGGUGCUGACCCUGCGGACCCCUGAGGGCUUGCCGGAUCCUCCUCAGGCCCUGCAGCUGAGUUGUGAUAAUGCAGAGGACGGGACGGUGCUGUGCUCCUGGAGUCCACCAGCUAACGCUCAUGGAAUCAUACGAGAGUACAUUUUGGAGUACAGUGAAAGGGGCAGUUCUGAGUGGAUUUCUGAGAGAAUUAGCAGCACCAGUACAGAGGUCAGGAGCCUGCAGCCCAGUUCCCUCUACAAGUUCAGGGUUGCCGCAGUCACUAGUAGAGGGAUGGGCAACUGGACAGAGGUCAAAUCCAUCAUUCCUCAAAAAGCUCUAGCGCCUCCAGACACAAAGAUCAAAAGCAUCACAGAAGACUCCAUCGUUCUGGCCAUCAGCUCUGAUUACAAGGUCAAGCACUAUGUGGCGGUUCUCUCCUGGGUUUUUGACAAGCAUGUGAAGGAGAGCAGGAACUUCACCGUUUCGGGCAUGCUGACCGCCACUAAUUUAACAGCCGGGACGCUGUAUGAGGUGGCAGUUUGGGCUCACACGGCCGACGGAGACAGUCCCACAGCCCUGACCCACCUGCAAACAGAAGGAAACCAGCCGUCACAGCCGCUUCUCAAGGCCCGCGCACUCAAUCAAACUGCUGUGGAAUGUAGCUGGACGGGGCCGCAGGCACAGAUUUAUGGUGUGUUCUAUGCCACCUCGUUUCUGGAUCUUUACCGACGGCCGAGCAUCGUAAACAGCACCAGUACCAACCUGACCGUCACCGUGGAGACAGAUGAGCAGUAUCUCUUUCUGGUGCGGGUGAUAGCUCCAUAUUUGGGCCCUCCAUCCGAGUCGACUGUUGUAAAGAUGAUCCCUAACGAAAGGCUUCCUCCUCGCAACCUGCAUAAGGUUCAGGUGGAUAAAACCCAGGCCACGCUGAAAUGGCAGCCGCCCUACGACUCGCCCAGCGCCCCUCUGACGUACGUAGUGCACUUAAGAGACACGAUUCGAAAGACAGAGCGGGAUUAUAAAGUCAUCUCACAGAACAAUACAGUGGAGUACAGCCUAAAGAACCUGGAGCCUGGGGGGCGCUACAGCGUCACUGUCCGUCUGAGGAACAUGAGCAAGGAGGCCAGUUUUACGGUCAACACAGUUCCCCUACCAGCACCUGAAGCCCUCAAAAUCCUAACAGAGCAGGACCACGUGUUCCUCUUCUGGAAGAGCCUGGCUGUCAAAGAGCAGAGCUUUGAUGAGAGUCGGGGAUACGAGGUGUCGGUAUAUGACAGCGUGAGUAACUCUACCACAUUACUGGGCAACACUACGGAGACCUUCUUCAGGAUCAGCAAUCUGCUGGUGGGACACAACUACACGUUCACGGUUCGAGCGAGCUGUCUGGUCAGUGGGCAGCUGUGUGGAGAGUCUGCGGUGCUGCUGUACGACGAGCUGGGGGCUUCGGCAGCAGGUUCCAUCGACUCAUCCGUCCAUUCCGGUCACUCCAGCGAUACGGCAGCGGUGGUGGUGCCGGUUCUGUUCAUGCUGCUGCUGUGUGUGUGCGGAGGCCUGGUAGCUCUGUACAUACGUCACCGUCGCCUGCAGCAUAGCUUCACCGCCUUCGCCAACAGCCACUACAACUCGCGACUCGGCUCAGCCAUCUUCUCCUCCGGAGACGAGCUCGGUGAUGAUGACGAGGAUGACCCGAUGAUCAGUGGCUUCUCAGACGACGUUCCCAUGGUGAUAGCGUAGUCCGACCCCUUCGCUACCUCCGCUUCUACUCCCUUUUCUCUCUCAGUCUCGCCUCUUUUUUUCGGUUAAACCCUGACACGUUCCUGCGUUAUACCUCCUCCCCAAUCAGCUGACUCAACUUCAUUGAGGAUUUCAGGAUUCAGAAGAAAACAGAAAAGGAGAAAACAAAGCAAAAAAGCUAUUUUUAAAAACCGUACAUGCACUUUUUGGGAUGCGCAUAUAGCUUAUUUUUUUAUAAAUAAUAUAUCGUGGUGGGUGAUGGAACAGAAGCAAGCUGUGAACGGGAUUGUCAGCUGGGCUAAAUGGACAGGGGAAAAGACCUAAAGUCCCAUUAAAUCACAAACACACUGGAGCGUCGCGUUUGUUUGAAGCCUGAAUGAGCACCGGUUCCUAGAAGGUCCAGAAAAAUCCACACACAAACACAUGAUGUACGAAUAAAAAAUGGACCAAAAAACUGGUGAUUUUAAAUAAGGGAAAGAGGUACUUGGGCUGGUGAUUGUAAAUUGCACAGAAUAUGAUCGUUCUAUAUUAUUUUGUGUCACUUUGUCGGUAAACAUUUUGAUGUUUCAAUCUGCUUUUUUAAUGUUUUUUUUCAAAGUGUAUGCUCGCUUCAGACACUGUAUAGAUGUAUUUUUCCGCUUGUAAAAGAAUGUGAACUCACCAGUUUGUCUUUAAUGGUAAAUUUAAGUGAAUUUUGCCCCCCAGUUUACUGGCUGUAAUGCUGAAUCACUGUACAUCAUUGAGGAAUGACUGACAGAAGUAGUCUUUCCGUGAAUAGUGUGGAUAUUUACACCUACACAGCUAAUACGACUUUGCCCUACUGAGAAAGCAUUCUUGAAAUUUGAUGAGGAACUUCUCGUAAAGGCGCUGGUUCUUAUUACCAUUGUGUACGUGUGUUACAAUGCGCUCAUUCAACAUGCUGUUGUUCUGUCAGUCCUCCGAUGCUCUCAGGGAUGUGUGUUUGUUUGUAUGUGGUGCGGCUUGGUACAAGCGUUAGGAGUCUGUGUGUGUGUGUGUGUGUGUGUGUGUGUCUGUGUCUCUGAGGCAGUCAUGCAGUUCAGUGCUGUUGUGUAAUCACAAUUCCUGUGCACGUCAGUCAACACUUCGUCUAUGUGCCAAACAUACAAGAAGCAGACAGAACCAGGUUUGCCCGACUGCCCCACUGUGAAGGGGUAUUUGAUUGGAGUGUGUGUUAAAAAGCUUGGGUUCUGGUGAUGAGCUUUGUUCAUGAAUGUAUUUUGUUUUUCUUUUGUUGGAUUGUACAUAAUGUUGGGUUACACUGAUGCACGUCCUCACACUGACACUUUUUUAAAUGGUAGUCGUCAAGGCAGAGACUUAUUUCACCUCCCAACAAGCACACAAAGUAAAAGGUACUUAAACUACGACAUUAAGAAAAUAAUUGUAAAGAACUGACAUUAGAGAGCCUUGGCUGCUAUUAGAAGCAGUGAAACGUCACAGUUCCCCCUUAAAUAGAUGUCACAUCUCGUCCAGCUUACUUAAUUUUGUUUUGUCUUUAGAGACAGGAGUACACAGGCUGUCAGUAAUGUCAUUUCAGUGCUUUAAUCUGCCCCACAAUGCAUUUAUAAAGGGUUUAGGUCAUGUGUCUAUGUAUUAAUAGACGUGCACUUGAUGAUUGUGUAGCAAUACUGUAAGAAUAAGGUACCUGAGAGGUUUACCACAGAGCAGGACUUGUGGGUUGACCAGCAAACUUUUGGAGUCUAAAGACUUGUCUGUAUCACAAAAACAUUGUUACCUUUUACCAGUAGAUUACCAGUAGAUUCAUCACCAAGGCAUCUUAGUUUCCACUGUAAAUUUGCUGUGGAGUUUGGGAAUCCAGUUCUGAACCAGAAUGAGGAAUUAACAAUAUUCACCUAUAAUAAAAUCCUUUUUUCAGUCUGA